AUGACUAUAAGGAACCAACGACUCUCUCUUCUUAAACAACCUAUAUCCUCCACACUUAAUCAGCAUUUGAUAGAUUAUCCAACCCCGAGCAAUCUUAGUUAUUGGUGGGGGUUCGGUUCGUUAGCUGGUAUUUGUUUAGUCAUUCAGAUAGUGACUGGCGUUUUUUUAGCUAUGCAUUACACACCUCAUGUGGAUCUAGCUUUCAACAGCGUAGAACACAUUAUGAGAGAUGUUGAAGGGGGCUGGUUGCUCCGUUAUAUGCAUGCUAAUGGGGCAAGUAUGUUUUUCAUUGUGGUUCACCUUCAUAUUUUUCGUGGUCUAUAUCAUGCCAGUUAUAGCAGUCCUAGGGAAUUUGUUCGGUGUCUCGGAGUUGUAAUCUUCCUAUUAAUGAUUGUGACAGCUUUUAUAGGAUAUGUACUACCUUGGGGUCAGAUGAGCUUUUGGGGAGCUACAGUAAUUACAAGCUUAGCUAGCGCCAUACCUGUAGUAGGAGAUACCAUAGUGACUUGGCUUUGGGGUGGGUUCUCCGUGGACAAUGCCACCUUAAAUCGUUUUUUUAGUCUUCAUCAUUUACUCCCCUUUAUUUUAGUAGGCGCCAGUCUUCUUCAUCUGGCCGCAUUGCAUCAAUAUGGAUCCAAUAAUCCAUUGGGUGUACAUUCAGAGAUGGAUAAAAUUGCUUCUUACCCUUAUUUUUAUGUAAAGGAUCUAGUAGGUUGGGUAGCUUUUGCUAUCUUUUUUUCCAUUUGGAUUUUUUAUGCUCCUAAUGUUUUGGGGCAUCCCGACAAUUAUAUACCUGCUAAUCCGAUGUCCACCCCGCCUCAUAUUGUGCCAGAAUGGUAUUUCCUACCGAUCCAUGCCAUCCUUCGUAGUAUACCUGACAAAUCGGGAGGUGUAGCCGCAAUAGCACCAGUUUUUAUAUGUCUGUUGGCUUUACCCUUUUUUAAAAGUAUGUAUGUACGUAGUUCAAGUUUUCGCCCGAUUCACCAAGGAAUAUUUUGGUUGCUUUUGGCGGAUUGCUUACUACUAGGUUGGAUCGGAUGUCAACCUGUGGAGGCACCCUUUGUUACUAUUGGACAAAUUUCUCCUUUAGUUUUCUUCUUGUUCUUUGCCAUAACGCCCAUUCUGGGACGAGUUGGAAGAGGAAUUCCUAAUUCUUACACGGAUGAGACUGAUCACACCUGA